GACAUGCAGCUCCUUGUCCACACCCAGGAGCUACAUACUCUCAAGGUGACCGGCCAGGAGAUGGUCACCCAGAUCAAGGCUCCUGUAGCCUCACCCGAGGGCAUCGCUCCAGAAGCUCAAGUUGUGCUCUUGGCAGGCACACCCUUAGAGGAUGAGGCUACCCUGGGUCGGUGUGAAGUGGAGGCUCUGAUCACCCCAGCAGUAGCCAGCCACAUGCUUGGAGGUGAAGUCCAUGGUUCCCUGGCCCAUGCCGGGAGAGUAAGAGGGCAGACUCCCAAGGUGGCCAAACAGGACAAACAGAAGGAGACAAACCAAGCCAGGCGGUGGAUGUGUACAACCGGCGCUUUGUCAAUGUUGUUGCCCACUUUUGGCGAGAAGAAGGGCCCCAGUGCCAAUUCUAAAAUCCAUUGUAGUCCUGGCUUUCCCCCAAGAAAAACCGAGAAAUGA